ACUUGGCCCUUGUCUUUUGUUUCUGUUAUCUCGGAAGUACGUAAACUGUUUCCGGUUUCAGGUGCGUUCUAUUGUAMCUAGCUAGCGUCAUUUAUUAGCUAGGUUUGCACAUAACCAGUAUGCGGCUUUGACGUAAAAGGUUUGCUAGCCACUUAGCUAAUGUCGUAUGGACACCUGUAAACUAUCCCAGUCGAUUCGUUGGAGGAUCCCACAACGUUAAGAUACACAUUUGAUUUGUCAAGCGAACGAGUCCACUGCCAAGUCCGUUCGAUAGCUAACGUUACGUAUACGUGGUGGGGGUCUUUGCUAGCUAGGCUACCGUCAAACUGUCUAAAGAGAACAAGACCAAGAAGUGGAAAAGAGACUACACACAGAUCAAUUUGAAGAUACAUAUAUGUUCUGCUUUUCGUUAGGCUGAGGAACUKCAGAAAAACAUUAAUUGUCAAGAGUUGGAAGAUUUGCUUGUUGCAUUCCUCGACUAAACUAAGCAAUGUUAGCUGGCCAUGUACUUUAGAAAGAACCUUAACAUAUUAUACAMACAUGGCUAAGUAUGUUUGUGUAGACUAGGCCUACUAAACUAGCCAUUAGCUACAUGUCUGUAAUUCGUCCGGGUAUUAGGGAUUCUAAACUAUUUAUAUCACUCCAAAACCAAAGGGGAUCUUUUGGUAUGGUUAAUUUGUUUGACGUUAGCAUGAAGCCCUCACUGUUAUAAGAGCAAAAUUUGUUAAAGCAAGGUGAAAGUCUUGGGGACGACAUGUAGCUAGUGAGUACCCUCAUUGGAAUUUUCCCUUGGGCGUUGGUGUUGGUGGUUGGUUUCGAUUUAACAACACCAGGUGUGUCAUGUGACUGGUCCUGUGGUACACACUUCCCUUAUCAUUCCCAGUGAUCUCACGGCAAGGAGAGUUAAUUUGACUCAUCUAAUGUACUCUAGCUAGGCUAUAGUCUUAACAAAACCUCCAACAAAAUCCUAAAACGGAAAUAAAUAAUAAAGUUUAACCCAUUAUUGCGUUCUCAAUAACUCGUCAUUGCAGUCCUUUAGUCCUUCUAAAAUCCAGACAGAAUUAAGGGUGCUAAAUUAAGGGAGCUGACAUGACAGCUGUAGUAGGAAGAGUUUGGGGGUGGGUGCGUCCAGCUAUCUCCUACCGGCCCUGGGGCAGCAAAGCAGGACCUGACAAAACCAUGAGGGACAAGCCAGUGACGGACGAGCAGCAGACGAGAGGCAGCUGGGGCUUGGGAGGGUUAACAACCUGGGUUUGGGGAGCCGGACAGAAAAGACAAACAAGUGAACAAACAACAUUGAUCGAAGAGUACUGGGAAGCAAGUGAGGAGAAAAUCCAGUCCAGGGAAAUUGAAGAGCUGGGUGUGGGAAAGCAGGAGGCUGAAMGGAAAGCAGAACAUGGUGACUCCAGAUGGUGGAAUAAGGUUCUGCCAUCCUCACACUUAUUCUGGCCGAGAACAGCUGAACCUGGUGGGCUAAGUCAGAGGAAAUGUGUCAGUGGAGGAUGGGACUCUGACAACGAUGGYGAGUAUUCUGACUAUGGAACCCCUCCACUGUCUCCCACACCUAGCUCCUCAUCAGCCUUCCGGUUCUUUGCACUCGCCUGGAAUGGGYAAAUAGUUCCGGAACAGUAUGAGAUCUGCUUCAACCUCCUUCGCCACCUGUUUGACCUGUUGGUGGUGGGCUUCCUGUGGACUGUGUCCCCCCCUACCAAGUUGGUCCUGGAGGUUCUAGGGGUCCAAGGAGGACUGAAGUUGUGGCUUCAUGGAAUGGCCAUGUUUUCUGUCUCGACUGUUGGAAUGGCGGGACUGCUUUGGUUGGUCCAAGAGUAUCUUCUACAGUUUGCUCUGUUGUAUGGCAUCGUGCAAGCACUGGUCAUCUCUGURAGCAUCCAGCAGAGUGUGAUCCUAGGAGAGGGGGAUGAGAAGUAUGAAAAGGAGGUGGAGGAGGACGUGGAAGUGAGAGACGAUGGGGAAGUUACAGAGAUGUACUUGACUACGAAAGGAAAGAUGAUCCUUGAAUGAAAGUUUGUUUUG